AUGCCAACACUCCUCAACCCAACCUGCGCGUCCAUCUCCACCCGAACGCUCAACUCAGCCACGCCUCCGCCCAGCGGCCCAGCGGCGGCGGGCGGGCAGGAGCUGGUCCCGCAGGAGCCGGGGCCGAGGCCGGGCGGCGACGCAGGCGUAGGGUUGAUAAAGCUGGCGAGCCCUUCGCCCGUGGCGGGCCCCGUGGGCGUGGGCGGGGGCCCGGGGGGCGGCGCGAGGUCGCCGUCGCCCGGCAGCACGGGCGGGCGGCGGCCGAGCAGCGCGCUGCUGCUGCACCCGGCGCACGCGCUGCGCCUGGUGCGCCCGCCCGCCGCGCACGUGCACGCCCACGCGCCGCCCUCGCCGUCGCCGUCGCCCGCGGCCUCGCCCUCGGCCUCACCGUCGCCCUCGCCCGAGCCGUGCGCCUCGACCGCCGCGCCGGGCCACGACGGCUCCCUGGAGGAGCUGCGCGGCGCCGAGGCCGGCGUCGGCGGGGGCGGGGGUCGCUCCAGCCGCGGCAGCGCCGCCUCCGUGGGCGCCGGGAGUAGCGUCGCGGGGCACGGCGCCUCCUGCUCCUCCUCCACCACCUCCUCCAUGACGAGCGUCGCGGCGGCCGGGCGCACCUCCGACCCGUGGCUGCAGUUUUAUGAAACUAAGUAUCAGUAG